AUGAGUCCUGUCACGCAAACCAUAAAGUUUGUUCAACAAAUUUUGUACAUCCCGUUACGGGGAAUCCUGCGAGAGUUUAAAGGAUUCAACGACGAGCAAGAGGCAAAGCUCAGAGACAAGAAGAGAAAGCGUGGUGAAUCAAAUGAAGAGAAGUGGAAGGACAUCUUCAGUAUUCUCUUCCCCGACGCCAAAGAGAUACCAAGUCCUUACUACAAGUCGCCAGACGGUACUGCAGAAUCGUGCGAUAUGAAGUAUGGUUUCAUCAACAACCUAUUCGAAAAUCCCGACCCAGUCAGUGAGAGAAUAGCUCGUCUCAGGAUAGAGAAGAAGACGGGCUCUUUGUCCGAGGAAGCUUGGAGAGAGGUCAAGGAUACCAUGCGAGAGCACUUCCUCGCUACCGCGACGACCUUGCGAAAGCCGAUCAAAGGUAACACGAACACACAAUACCCCAAACCAGCUAGAAGUAGGGAUUCCCAAAUGGUAUAUUACAGUUCGUCGACCUCAUCAACUUCCCAUGAAGUCCCUGAUGCAAAGCGGAUCACGGGACCGAGCAAUGGGGGGAAUCCCGACCACAAGGACCAUCAAGCUCCCGAACUAAUGGGAGACUGUCUGUUCGAAGCUCAAGACAACGGUCGAGAACCAGAUAUUGAGGAUUUGUCGCCCGGAAAAAGCAUCGACGCCUGGUUAUCUGGGGUUGGAAGCAUGUUCGAGUGGUCAAUUCGACCAAGUCGACCCAGCCAGCCGAGUCAACCAAGCCAGCCGAAGCCGAGCCCGCCGAGCCCACCGAACGCACAGAAAGCACCAAGUCCACCAAGCGCCGACGAGGCCACGUUCGGACCCGAGUCAUCCUUGCCUACAAAGCGAGCCCCAGAAGAUGGACUUGAUCCCAACCAGGAAGCUACUGCUGAGAUUUGCGAAGAACGAGUCUUCAACAAUCUCAAUCUCACUCCUGAAGAAUGUCUGGCGGCAGCCCUUGAACAAAAGACCCCCAAAUGGCAAGGAUCAGAAGCCGAAUCCUCUUCCGACUGA